UUAGUUCGUCCCCUAUGGUGAAUGAAGAAUCCGCUAUCCAAUUGUGGCACUGCCGUUGUCGAAAACAGCAACAUUGUUUCCUUCUGUAGACAAAGGUGUCUCGACAACCUGAUAAAUUACUGAAUAGUCAUCCAGUUCUGUCGCUUCUUGGUGAAGACAUGGAAAAACAACCACGGUUGUUGGCAUCCCAACUCCUACUGAAAAACAGCUUAUUCGAAGUGUCGUUAAACCGUGUGCUUCUGACAUGGAAAGAGAUUGCGACCAAGAAAAAACGCGUUUCUGGGGGCAUACAUCACCCAUUUAAAGUCGCUGGUCCGCGGAGUGCGGCUGCGGCCCUGGCUUGGAUAGCCUCGCUAUGUCGGGUCAAUUGGAUGGCACACAAUUUGGCCUCGGAGUUCUUCUUUAUGAGCUGGCUGACAUUUUUCAUCACCUCACACGGUACCAGUCACGGUGUGUCAGUGUCUGAGAUCCUAGCAGUCAGGGAGCUCGACGUGGACUGCGGGACGAAAGAUGACGGCAGGUGGCAGAAAAUGCCUCAGAAAUCGACCGAGGCCUAUCCAUAUGCAUUCACAGUGUCCUACGUGGAGAGAGCGUGGCAGCACCGCUGGCGGUGUAGUGACGUCACCUUUCACUGCCUCGAGGGGGCGCUGUGUCAGCAGUGGGUCCAGACCAUCAGAGAGCAGCUCACAGCAUUGACCAGCAGACCCAAGCAUUUGCUGGUGUACAUCAACCCCUAUGGGGGCAAGCAGCAAGGCGAACGUAUUUACGAGCAGAAAGUCGCCCCUCUCUUCACCCUUGCCUCCAUCUCCACGCACGUGAUUGUUACAGAGCAUGCCAAUCAUGCCAGGGACCACCUGAGGACAGAAGCUGAGUUGAAGAAAUAUGAUGGAGUGGUGUGUGUGGGCGGGGACGGCAUGUUCAGUGAAAUGGUUCACGGCCUGGUCUCCCGGACCCAGAGGGACAACGGCGUGGACCAGAACAGCCCGGAGGAGAAGCUGGUACCCUGUACUCUGCGCAUCGGCAUUAUACCCGCAGGUUCAACGGACUGCAUCUGCUAUGCAACUGUAGGCAUCAACGACCCUGUGACCUCGGCCUUACACAUCAUAGUGGGAGAUGCCCAGCCAAUGGACGUGUGCUCGGUCCAUCAUAACAACACAUUCCUGAGGUACUCUGUGUCCCUGCUUGGGUACGGUUUCUAUGGCGACAUGCUGGCAGACAGCGAAAGGAAACGAUGGAUGGGACCAGCCAGAUACGACUUUUCAGGUUUUAAGACGUUUCUCACACAUCACUACUAUGAAGGGACUGUGUCUUUUCUACCAGCAACGGACAUAUUGGGAACUCCACGAGACAAGACCAGGUGUAGAGCUGGGUGCUUCAUAUGCCAACACAACGGACAGCUGUAUUCCGAGGAUGCCCCAGAGAUUUGCGAGACUGAUCCAGAUGUUUCAGACAGUGAAUACAAAGGGGGGUGGCGGGUGAUCAGAGGGAAGUUCCUGGCCAUCAACGCGGCCAGUAUGAGCUGUGCCUGUCCCCGUAGCCCCAAGGGCCUGUCCCCCGCUGCCCACCUCGCUGACGGCACCACCGACCUCAUCCUCGUACGCAAAUGCUCUCGAUUCAACUUCCUGCGCCACCUGCUACGCCACACCAGCAAAUACGACCAGUUUGACAUGACCUUUGUAGAAGUGCACCGUGUGCGGCGCUUCCGCUUCACCCCGCGCUACUGCCAGAGUGACUCCGAGUUGGACCUGCGGGAGAAUGGCAAGAGGCUCUUCAGCCAGAUCUGCCGAGACCACCCGGCCUGCAGCUGUAGCCCUGCCUACAGCAGCUGGAACUGUGACGGCGAGAUCCUCCCUCAUGCUGCCAUUGAAGUCGGAGUGCACUGCCAGUUGAUCAAGCUGUUUGUGCGAGGGAUCGAAGAGCAGCCUGUGUUUGAGGACCUUCCCAGCCCGUGUGUAGUAUAGAUCCCCCCCCCCCCCACUGCUGCCCUACCCUAUCAAAGUCACUGGAACAGUCCUACUGUAUUUCAAAGGCUACUGCUGUCAUAUCCUUACCCCUGUGCCCUAACUUUUUCUGAUGGUCUUUCAGACAUCUGUUUUCUGGGGCCAUUUUUGUUUGUCUGCCACAUUUUAGAGGUCACAUGUUCACAGGUCAAAGAGUACUGUUGAUGGUACACUUACAGAGAGGUUCACCAUCCACAUCCACUAUACUGAAGAAGAAAUCAUGAAAAUACUAAAGCGGUAUUGAAUGUAGCUCUUUUCCGCUCUCCUUUUUCAAUCGAGCGAUGUUAACCUAGCAAUUAACAUGCUGUUCAACAUUUAUAGAACUCCUCUUUGCACGUUUUACAAUGUAUGCUGCUCCAAAUUACGAAUAACUGUUAGGUUUAGUUGAUUUAUUCAUUUAGAGAAAACAUUUAAUUAGAGGAUGUUUGAAUUUUGCUAGCUGCUUGCACUUUUGUUUCAAAUAGGCCGUAUGCGUUUUGACCUUAUAAGCAAUGCCUUGUUAGAAGUUUUUACAGCACGAAUUUGAAUACAUAUGUAUUGAUGAUCGGAUAUUGGGUGAACCAGAGAACUCUCUCGGGCAGUGUUUCCCAACUCCAGUCCUCAAGUACCCCCAGCAGUACAUUAUUUUUAUUGUGGUCCCGAACAAGCACAACUGAUUCUACUUGUCAACUAAUUAUCAAGCCCUUGACAAUUGAACCAGGGGCCUCAUUUAUCAACCGUGCAUACAUGUCUUACUUAGUUCUGAGGUACGUGGAGAUUCUAGAAUUUCACACACAACAUAUACAUACGCAUGUUGUGAAUGUUAAACCAUACUAUAUCUGUCACACACAACAUAUACAUACGCAUGUUGUGAAUGUUAAACCAUACUAUAUCUGUCACACACAACAUAUACAUACGCAUGUUGUGAAUGUUAAACCAUACUAUAUCUGUCACACACAACAUGUACAUACGCAUGUUGUGAAUGUUAAACCAUACUAUAUCUGUCACACACAACAUAUACAUACGCAUGUUGUGAAUGUUAAACCAUACUAUAUCUGUCACACACAACAUAUACAUACGCAUGUUGUGAAUGUUAAACCAUACUAUAUCUGUCACACACAACAUAUACAUACGCAUGUUGUGAUUGUUAAACAAUACUAUAUUUGUGGGCUUGAAAACGAGCACUAAAACAUGACUUGGAAAACAUUUUCACAUUUUAUGGUAACAAAAAUUCCCACAUUUGCUGUAUGAUUUGGAGAUUCUAGAGCUGGGUCAGGAUUGUUUCAAAAAGAAAUCGCAAUAGCAAUUUUGAUCGCAAUUCUGUAGAUGUGCGAGAAAUUUUUUUUAAAUAUAUUUUUUAAAUAUAUAUAUUUUGCAGUGACCUAUGCCUCCUAUAGCGAGUGCCAAACACUGUCCACACGUACUGCACGAUUGAUUGUCCAUUCAAACCAUUUAAAAGUCAAUGCUACAGCCCACACUUCUAUGUAAGAUACUAAUUGUUGUUGAAUAUUUUGUUUAUCAAUAGAAGAUAGAAACACAAUCUCCUGCCUUGGUAUAGGCUCUGAGAUGAAUAGGCUAUUGUGUCUCGCUCCUGUCACAAAGCAAUACUGUGGCCUACCCAUACUGUCAUAUAGGCUACUGGUCUAUUUACUUUUGAAUGAGUGAUGGAUAAAUGGUAGCCUAAUAUUUGUUGCGUAGCGGGAAUAAAGCAGUCGUCAGAAAAGGAGCGAUGUCCUGCAAUAUGAUUUAGGUGUAUAUAAUGAAAGUUAAAUUACAUAUAUUAGGCAACAUGCUGCUACGCGAUCUUCAUACCAACGGCAAAUGCAUCCGUGUUAUCAUUAGAACAACGGUUUGUUUUUGUUCACCUAACAUUCUUAGAAUUCCUGUGCAUCAAACACCUCAAUUCCCCCCCAAAUAACCAUAUUGGCUUGCAAUACCACUAGAAGUUGCAUGGUUUGAGAUUUGUGUGGAGCUAUGCAUGCUUUUCCUUCAAAAUGGUGUGCUGUUGGGGGUACUUCAGGACAGGAGUUGGGAAACACUGCUCUAGGGGUACCAGAUACCAGCCAGACUCUUACCUUUAAAGGAGAAGUUAGAUUAUUUUUUACAAACAAAUCUGUAUUUCGAAUGUAAAUGGUAUGUUCUAGAAGGGUCCAGACACUUUUUUUUUUUUUUGCGAUUUCACGUGUUUGUGAGAGACCCCAAACAGUGAUUCACUUCCUCAUCCUCGUUGUGCAAUACGGGUGCUCUGAAAAAAACAUGAGUAAAUGCUCCAAAUACGUAGUCUUUUAAACGACAAUGCUCUCAGUAUAGUAAUGCAGGUCUUUAGAUAUUGUACACAUGUAAUUGUCAUUCCGAAUCUUUUCCGCGCCGUUAUAUUCAGUUGGCUUCUAGGUACCCUCAUUAAGGCCAUAAGUCACUAAAGCAGGUCUUAGCAACUGGUAUCUGGGCCUUUGAGCCAUAAAAUUGGCCAAUGGUGUCCUUAAGCGAUUAAGAUGUUUCAAAUGUGUAGUCUAAUCAACCCCUCCUCUGGUGGUAGAUUUUCUGCGAAUCUCUUAGAGGAACGUGUCCGUCUCCCCUCUAUCCAUAUGUCUGUCUAAUAAAUCUUUAAAAAUAGAAGUUGUUCACGUCAUCUUUUCCAUACAGCAUUUCUCCACACCUUGAACAGUUUUAAAUUCUAAAGACCUCACUAUACUGGGAGCUUUCCGGAUUCUAAAAGGACUUAUUUGGGUGUUUUUGGAGCAUUUUUUUUUAGCUUUCUCAGAGCUCCUGUACUGCACAACAAGGAUGAGGAAGUGAAUCGCUGGUUGGGGUAAAAAAUAGAGACAUGAAACAAACCAUCACCAAUUCUAAUGGUACACAAAAUGUCCAGACUGGCAAGAUUCUCAUGGGAUGCUGAAAAAUCAACAAUGUAGCUCGUCAACACAGUGUAUGCGCUAAAACGUGUGACUUGUUACCAUAGAAAUAGUGGCUUUAGGCACAUUUUACCAAGCGAUCUCUGCCAUUUGCGGCAUUGUCAUUCCAGGUUUAGAUUCCUUGAUAUCUGAGGUAUAGCAGUUAAAGGGAAAUUCCACCCAAAAACUAUCUUUUGACAUUUGUUUCAUUAGUCCAUUGAUUGAUAUUGUCUCAAUGUUUUCCAUGUCAGCAAUCAAGUUUUCAAGAUGUAUAACUUUCAAAAUACAGAAAUACAGCCGAUAUGAUGCGUUUUGCAUCUGACAUGGAAAACAUUUUGGGACUAUAUCAAACAAUGUACUGGGUGUCACUGCCCUCCACACUGUCACGCUGGUCUUGCUGCUGCAGACUAGAACUCAUGUAGCAGUUGCUGAACAUGAAUGUGACAACAGUGACUAGCAAACACCACAAGGCUGUUUUCCCCCAUCUGACCAAAAUACGAGUCUCUACUGUAUGCUACGGUGACUCAUUGUGCAAUGAUUUUUACUUUGGCAUCCUCCUUGGCUGCACAAUUCCUCUCUGACCAUGCACUCUCCUCUCUGAAUUGUACACCAGGCAGCCAUCAGGCAGAUGGUCGUCCAUCCAUCCAUGUUCCUUUUAGCUUUAGCUCGGCAGAACAGAAUUACGCUGAUUCAUCAUCCACUGUGACAUCCACCCCUCCACCAGCACUAGGCACCCAUUCAGUUUGGUUCACUUCCAGGCCCAUUAGAAACUCUCUGUAUCAGCCACUCUUAAUGCUGCAUUCUUAAUCUUGGAGGUGCCCCCCUCAUUUAUGCCGACCCACUUUACAUUAUAGGAGUGCUGACUGUAGCAGAGUGCGGCUCCCCUAUGGAGGGGAGAGCAGUGAGCGUGUGUCUGAGAGGCCAUUACUCCACUAGAAAUUGUGGGGCCCUGGUCGUCAUCCCUAAGGAGUGUGUGUGUGGUGUCAAUACAGCGCUGUGGGAAGUGUAGUGUAAAUGCAGCCACAGCAUGGCAGAGGAGGCUCAGCACUGCGUAGCACCGAUCAACUCUGUCUUGUAAGGGUUCUCAGUGCGUGAGUAAUGACACCACACACACACACAGCACACUCUCGUUAGGUUACAACUGAUAUCCUGAUUUAUUGGUAUGUUUUUACCAAUAAAACCCUAAACAAGCACACAACAGAAACCCCCUCUGUGAUCUUGCAGGUUUCAAGAUGUUAAGGAUAUGUAAACUCAGCAAAAAAAGAUGCUAUUUUCAACAAACUUAACAUGUGUAAAUAUUUGUAUGAACAUACGAUUCAACAACUGAGACAUAAACUGAACAAGUUCCACAGACAUGUGACUAAGAGAAAUGGAAUAAUGUGUUCCUGAACAAAGGGGGGGGGUCAAAAUCAAAAGUAACAGUCAGUAUCUGGUGUCGCCACCAGCUGCAUUAAGUACUGCAGUGCAUCUCCUCCUCAUGGACUGCACCAGAUUUGCCAGUUCUUGCUGUGAGAUGUUACCCCACUCUUCCACCAAGGCACCUGCAAGUGCAUUUCUGGGGGGAAUGGCCCUAGCCCUCACAAUCCAAUAGGUCCCAGACGUGCUCAAUGGGAUUGAGAUCCGGGCUCUUUGCUGGCCAUGGCAGAUCAUUGACAUUCCUGUCUUGCAGGAAAUCACGCACAGAACGAGCAGUAUGGCUGGUGGCAUUGUCAUGCUGGAGGGUCAUGACAGGAGGAGCCUGCAGGAACGGUACCACAUGAGGGAGGAGGAUGUCUCCCCUGUAACGCACAGCGUUGAGAUUGCCUGCAAUGACAACAAGCUCAGUUCGAUGAUGCUGUGACACACCGCCCCAGACCAUGGACCCUCCACCUCCAAAUCGAUCCCACCUCAGAGUACAGGCCUCGGUGUAACGCUCAUUCCUUUGACGAUAAACGUGAAUCCGACCAUCACCCCUGGUGAGACAAAACCACGACUUGUCAGUGAAGAGCACUUUUUGCCAGUCCUGUCUGGUCCAGCGAUGGUGGGUUUGUGCCCAUAGGCGACGCUGUUGCCAGUGAUGUCUGGUGAGGACCUGCCUUACAACAGGCCUAUAAGCCCUCAGUCCAGCCUCUCUCAGCCUAUUGCGGACAGUCUGAGCACUGAUGGAGGGAUUGUGCGAGGGCGAUCAGCUGUCCGUCCUGUCUCCCUGUAGCGCUGUCUUAGGCGUCUCACAGUACAGACAUUGCAAUGUAAUGCCCUGGCCACAUCUGCAGUCCUCAUGCCUCCUUGCAGCAUGCCUAAGGCACAUUCACACAGAUGAGCAGGGACCCUGGGCAUCUUUCUUUUGGUGUUUUUCAGAGUCAGUAGAAAUGCCUCUUUAGUGUCCUAAGUUUUCAUAACUAUGACCUUAAAUGCCUACCGUCUGUAAGCUGUCAGUGUCUUAACGACCGUUCCACAGGUACAUGUUCAUUAAUUGUUGAUGGUUCAUUGAACAAGCAUGGGAAACAGUGUUUAAACCCUUUACAAUGAAGAUCUGUGAAGUUAUUUGGAUUUUUGCAAAUUAUAUUUGAAAGACAGGGUCCUGAAAAAGGGAUGUUUCUUUUUUUGCUGAGUAUAUGAAGAAUGAUGUGGAGGUCUGUCUAUUUUGGUUGAAAGUGGAACAUUCUAAGAAAUGACUACAUAAAGAGUAUUUAAACCUCUGAA